AAAUAAUGCUCACGAUACCCGCCAUGAACUCAGCCAGGUUGGGCAUCGUUCUGGUAAAAUCUGCUCCCAGAGCAACUGUGACGUGAUGGGUUAGGAAAAUAUUCCACAAUUAUCCUGCAAAUUUUGUGCUGUUUCGUUGUUUCAAUACAAGGCAAGUCCAGUCAGAGAAGAAAAGUGAUGCUUCAAUCUGACAAAUCUUAAUCUAAAUGUUGAUGUUUAAUGUUCUAAGUUUUUGGUUAUUUUGAAGAUGGAAAUGCACAGUAAAAUUCACUCUGAAUCCACACUCUAAAGUUCAAUUUAUCCUUCCAAAAUCAUUAGAGAGGUAGAGAUUUCAGACAGUCGGCCAUUCUUGUCUGGUGCGUAGUGUCAGGAUUGGUCUCCUUUCGGAAUAACCGAGUCACGGUAUGAAUGUUCCUGACUCAACCCUUGUUUUUUACGAGGCAGAGUGGCUAGCUCGGCGCUCAACCCAGCACAGAUGGAAAGUGUGCCCGGGGGUUCUGACUGGGUUUGAACUUGGGAGCCUUCGCUUCCAAAGUCCGGAGCUGAUGCCACUGCACCACCAGCCAGCUUAGAGGUAGAGAUGCAAGUUGGAUUUCAGAAAGAAUAGUUGGUAUUGAAAUAAUUGCAAAAGACAGUGAUGCUGUUAGUUAUUAAAAACUGUCUAAGUAUUCUGAAAUUGUGGUGUGAAGGUUGAAAGAGCAGACCUUCCAGAGGAAAAUUACCAAUUUUUGCUUUGGUCAUUGGUUGCUUUUGUGAAUGCAAUCGGUCUGGUAUGAGCUGUGUAUAUUGGUCAGCUAGUUGGGCUUAAACUAAGACCUAUGUUUGAGUGCCACACUGAGAGAAAUGCUGCAUUUAUUUCCUCUAAUGAAGUAAAGAGCACCAUCCAAUUUCACUGCAAAGGAUAAGUGAGCCAUUGUCAUUCUGCUAAAAUCCCCAAGACUGAGGCCAUAGUUACUCAGCUUUGUGGGUGUCCAUAGCAUUCAAGCAAGCUCACCACUGUCUUCUUCACGAGGCCAAAGAAAUUUGGCAAGUCCCCAGAGACUUCCCAAUAUUUUUUGAUACACCAUACACAGCAUUUUGUUGGUGCAUAGCACCAAUAUGUAUGGCAACUACUCUGCAAAGUAUGGAUGUGUUGAGUGGUAGACAAUCCAAUCACUGCUUCAGCAAAGUAGCCAGCAUAAUCAAAGACCCAAUCCACCCUGAAUAUUUUCUUUCAACCAAUCUCCCAUCAGGAAGAAGAUACAAAAGCCUGAAAGCAUACAUAGCCAGUCUUAAGGAGAGCUAUCCCACUGUUCUCUCUCUUUAAUAGAUUGGAUUCUGCACAACUGAAGAGGCCAAGUAUUUUUAAAGCAGUGGUUGCUCGAAGGAAUUGGGGAGAUGAGAAUGGGGUUGGGAGGGGGAAUAAAUCAGCCAUGAUUGAAUGGUGGAGCAGACUCGGGAUUCAGCCUAAAAUGUCAACUGUUUAAUUUCCACAACCAUUGCUCCAGAUUUCCAGUAUGUGCAGAAUCUUUUGUGUCUCCUUUAGAAACCUAUGCAAUUAGUGAUACUGCAAGAAUUGCUUAACCUAAUACAGUAUACAAGUUUAACAGAACUAUUCAACUUUUAAUUCCUGUGGUCAAAUAUGAACAUCAAAAGUUUUUUUUUAAACUUGCUGUACUGAAUUUCCAGUGCCAUUUGUUAUAAAACCAUAAGACAAGGGAUCAGGUUUAGACUGACACAAUGUGAGCUCCAAUGCCAGCACAUCCUCUCAUAGAAAAGGGGCCUAAAAUUGUUCACAAUACUCUAGCAGUGCAGUCUGAUCAAUGCCUUAUAAAGCCUCUAUCUCUAUGAAAAGGGAUGUUCCAUAUCAUAAGACAUAAAUUCCUCUGCAAUUUGAUCAUGGAUGAUUUAUUCACACUAUCAACUUCGGCCUUAAAUAUACCCAAUAGCGGUGACAAUGAAUUCCACAGAUUCGCCACCCUCCAGCUAAAGAAAUUUUUUAUCUCUGUUUUCCAGGAUGUCCUUGUAUUCUGAUUAUGUGUCCUUUGGUCCUGGACUCUUGUCACUACUGGAAACAUCGCUUUUAAGUUCCCAGUGCUGGAGCAGGAGUAGGCUACUUGAUCCUUCAAACCUGCUUCACUGUUCAUCUACAUCAUGGCUGAUACUCAACCUUAGUGGCAUUUUCCAGACCUCAUGAUUCUCUUCAGAGCCAAAUAUCCAUUUACUCUGUUGAAUGGACUCUGGUUGAUUUCCCACAGGUGUACAAGCAGGCUUUUUCCACUGAGGUUGGGUGAGACUAGAACUAGAGGUCAUGAGAUAAAGGUGAAAUGUUUAAAGCAAGGGUUCCCAACCUGGGGUCCACAGACCCCUUGAUUAUGGUGGGUUCCAUGGCAUAAAAAAGGUUGGGAACACAAGGGGGAACUUCUUAACUUAGAAGGUAGUGAGAGUGUGGAAAGCAGAUUUGAUUUCAACGUUCAAGAGAAAUUUGGAUGGGAGGGGUAUGGAGGGCUGUGGUCUAGGUGUAGGUUGAUGGGAUUAAACAGGCUAAUAGUUUGAUGGAGGUGUCUGAUACUUGGUGCCAACACAGUAACCUGAAAUACUUGUUCCUGUGUAUGACAACUGAUUCUACAUUGCAAUGAGAUCUCUCAUUCUUCUAAACUCUAGACAACACACAACUCAAAAUUAAAAUACAUUUAUUAUCAAAGUAUACAUACCAAAUACAAACUUGAGAUCUGCUUUCUUGCAGCCAGCCACAAAACAAAGAACCACAAUAGAAUCUAUGAAAAAAACACAAAAGCCAACAAACAUCCAAUGUGUGAAAAAAGAACAGGAGUGAAUAAAUUCUUCCCAUUUGCCUCCCGAAUGAUCCGGAGCUCGUCCAGUUCCAGCUCCAAUUCCUUAACGCAGAGUGUUGGAAGCUGCAGCUGGAUGCACUUCUCACAGAUGUAGUCGUCAGGGACCCUGCCUUCCAAGAUCCUGCCCGGCAUCUCUACUAUCCCAACUGUGCAGAUAUAAAGAAGGAGACCAAUAACUAUACUGGCAUAAAAUCUACCUACAGCAUUUCCAUCUUCUCUCACUCAAGCUUGCCCACGGCCUUAUUUUAAUUUACUCUCGUCAAUCAAUCCCGAUCGAUCUCGAUCAAUCGCUGCUAUUCAAAACACCAAACUACCGCGAAUCGAUGCCUUAUGUACUCUGCGAAUCUGAGACAUCGUUUCUGAUCGUUGACUGCAGCUGCUCAAAAACGUAUGUUCAUAAAUUCCUGUGAGUUCCUGCAAGAAAAUAAAUCUCAAAGUAGUGUAUGGUUACAUAGAAGCACUUUGAUAAUACAUUUACUUUGAACUUUCCUCUGGAACCAUGGAAACCUCGGAUCGAAUGAUAGAGGUUGUGAGAAGUGAUAUAUAUAAUUUAACGCGAUCAAAUCACUGCCCGUAUACAAUGAAUUUUCACAGGACUAUUUUAUUUGCACUGGUUGAAAAUUUGUCUGCUUAAAAAGGUAAAGUUGUAUUUAAAGGAAACGUAACAGUGAUAGUUAAUGACUGUCACUGUGACAUCUACAAGGGUGGGCUGAUUUUAAAUGGAGGUGGACCGGGCCAUGGCUGAACCGGCACUGCAGUCAUGAACAGUAAUCCCUGUCCUCCUGGAGUUUGUUGCCUGGAUCAUUACUACUUCAAAAGAGAAAGAGGUUUCAUCUUGGACUGCGUGGCUGUCUCCAGCAGCUCCUUGAUGUACGGAAAAAUCAACCCGAAGAUAUGCGACGCCAUCCCGCCCUACAACGCGCAGAAUGACCCUUAUUGCAAGAAUGCUCUCGAGACCAAGUUUAUGAGGAAGCUUCUCAAGAGGACUGAUCAGGAUCGUGGUGGGACAUCAAACAACGGCUGGCUUGUGGACUAUUUUUACAAAAAUGGACCUGCUCAAAAAUAUCUUACCAGUAGAAAUGUAUAUGGAGCAGGUCACUCAUGUGAUCAAGUAAUCGGCCACCGGGGAUACUUAUCAGACAUCAAACCCAUUGUUGGAUACAAUGGAAGGUUUGGUUACAGAAGGAAUACUCCCAGCCUGAGAGAAAAGCCUUCCAUUUUCGGGGAAGUCUUCAAACUCCCAUUGCACUAGUGUGCAUGGGCUCCCCUCCCAUCCCACCCCCCAAGGAUUGAGUCCUCAGAGAACUGAGAAACCAGAAGAACAUCAGUUUCUGCAUUUUAAAUGCAUUUUGAGGAUGUUACCUCUUCUGAAGAGCUGAAUUAAAUGUGAUGAGCCAGGAAGAGUGUGACAGGUUCAACAAAAUAGCGUAUGUUAUUAAAUUGUUCCAAAAAUAAGAAGUAGAUGCUUCAAUAAAGAAUUUGUGGAAAGGCAGUAUUUUUAAAAAAUAUUCACUUAAACUGGUGAUUAGGUCUUUGGGUUUUUUCAUGUGGUAUCCCCAGAUGGAACAUAUGCACAGCGGCCAUUUUAUUAGGUACAGGAGUGGAACCUGGCAUGGACUUCUGUUGGUGUAGCCAAUCCGCUUCAAGCUUUGAUGUGUUCUGCAUUCAGAGAUUCUCCUCCACACACCACUACUGUAACGUCCUGUCAGCUUGAAACAGUCUGGCUGUUCUCCUCUGACCUCUCUCACUAACAAGGCUUUUUCACCUACAGAACUAACUGCUGCUCACUGGAUGGUUUUUGGCUUUUCACACCAUUCUUUGUAAACUCUAGAGAUUGUUCUGUGUGAAAAUCCCAGGAGAUCAGCAGUUUCUGAGAUACUCAAACCACCCCACCUGGCACCAACAAUCAUUCCAUUGUCAAAGUCACUUAGAUCACAUUUCUGCCCCAUUCUGAUGUUUGGUCUGAAUAACAACUGAACCCUUUGAUCAUGUCUGCAUGCUUUUACCCACCACUCUGUUCUGACAUCCCCCCUAUAAUUUCCUCCAAUCACUUUAAAGUUAUAUAUAUAUAUAUACCCACACACAUAUACACAGACUUACACACAAACUAGAUGGGCUGAAGGGUGAAGGGCCUGUUUUUGUGCUGCAGUGUUCUAUGAUUUUAUUUUCUCUCUCUCUACGCAUAGGGACCAGUAUAUUAU